UUAUAUGUUUAUUAUUUCCUUUAUAUGUCAUAAGCUUCUGUAAUAAGCCUAUAUUUUCGUCAGGCAGAAAUCAGUAGUUUAAUUGGUAAAAAUGGCCAGGAAAAAUUCAGACAAACGCCAUGGCAAUUCUGGUGGAAUGUGCGACCUUUCAUGCUUAAGGGGGGUUUUAAUUGCUUUCAAUUUCUUGUUUAUUAUUGGAGGAUGCGGGGCCUUGGCUAUUGGAAUAUGGACUGUAAUCUCUAAGAUGAAAUAUGCAGCUCUGUUGGGUUCAAUCUACUACAACCUCAUCACAUAUUUGUUGAUUGGAGCUGGGGUUUUGGUCUUGAUAACUGGUGUUCUGGGCUGCAUGGGCGCAGUUCGGAAAAACUCUGGCAUGCUGACAUGUUACUUUGCCCUGCUGGUCACAAUUUUCUUGUGCGAGUGCGUGGCAGGAAUUUUGGCCUUUGUGUAUUACCAAUCUCUACAUGACGAAUUGGUUUCAGAAUUGAAAUCAAAUUUGAACAAGAAUUAUAAUCAAACUGGGCAAGAAUCUUUUUCAAUGGCGGUUGAUGACAUGCAGCAGGACUUCCAGUGCUGUGGUGUGAGUGCAUAUUCAGAUUGGAGUGGAAGCAAAUUUAUUACAACUAACCAAGACGGCUUGAAGACACCAGAAUCUUGCUGUAAGUCUCCUUCUCCAGGCUGUAGUGUACGAGACCACCCUUCCAAUAUCUACAGAGUGCUUGGCUCAGAUAGCAUGGGCUGUCUUACAAGGCUAGAGCAGUACAUUAAAGACCAUCUCUUCAUUUUGGCAAUUACUGGCACAGCAGUGGCAUGUCUCGAAAUCCUGGUCAUGAUUUUUACUUGCUGUCUUCGCAGUCGCAUAAGAGAGGAAGAAGAUGAGCCUUACUAACACAGCAGUUAAUAUACACAAACUGAUAUACAGCUAACUUACACAUUGCAUGAUGUUACUAAUUUUGCUUCUGCUUUAAAACAUUCUAUCACUAAAUAUUUGUCAUUUUUUUUCUGAAUCAAAGUCUUAUCUUCGAAAAUGGAAUGAGAGUUUUUAAAUUCAUUUCUUAUGAAAUCUUAUCAAUAUGUAAUAUAUGCUAUGCCCAGCACUUACUUCAUAUCAGAUCCCAAGGGACUUUAUAAGCAAUUAAGUGUGUAAUUCUUGAAUUAAAUGGUGCUACAACUAUUGAUUUGUGAACCAAAUCUAUACCGGUACCCUUUUGGUACUAAUAAUACAUACUUGGUCAUAGUAGUUCACAAUCACAUUCUUUUUUACUUUAUUUUGCCUCUUUUGUAAAGAAUGGUACACUACGUAAUAAAUUUGCUCUAAA